AUGGCGCUGGAGGCUCGGUCCAGCGCGGGCGACGUCGGGAGCUGCGUAGCCACAACUCGCGCUCACAGGUGGCAGGGCGUCGGCGGCGAGUCGCCGUGGAGCAGCAGCGUGUGGAGGAGGCGUGGGGCUGCGGUGGUGGUGGUGGGCUCGGGCUCGCGUAGUACCGUGCUAUGGGGCGCAGCAGCGGAGACGAACGGCGUCGGGAGUGCGCCAAAGGCGGCGGCGGGGCACCAGCGACUGCGAUGCAGCACUGCAGUCUGGAGCAGGGAGGUGGUGGCUGGGGAGGAAGAGACUAAGGAGGUGACUCGACAGGAAGCAAAGAAGCAGUUGGCUAGGGAUGAAGCCAGGAAGCAAGGGGCCAUUGUAGAGGCAGAAACCAAAGAGCAGAAUGACAACGACUUCUCCUUGGAGGAGUACCUUGCUGAGAUGACGAAGGUGGCUGCUGCGCAGAAGAAGGCUCGUUAUGAAAGGUCUUGCAAGAAGGCUGUCAAGGAGGCAGCCAUGAAGGAUGAGGCGGCCAUGAAGGCACGGUUCGAGGAAUGGAUCACAGAGUAUGGCAAGAGAUACAAAAACAAGGAGGAGAAGGCUCGACGCUAUGAAUUGUUCAAGGCUUUUGCAAAUAUGGUGGGCAAGGCAAUCGCAGAAGGUGGGGCCGUCUUUGUCACAAACCAUACUGCAGCUUGGACCGAGGAAGAGUGCCGCAGCGGAGACGAAUGGCGCCGGGAGGUCAGCGGCCACGGCGCGUGCUGUGGGGCAGCGGACCAACGCUGCCGGGGCCAAGGGGCGCGCGCGCUGCGCGGUGAGCCAAAGGCGGCAGCGGGGCACCGGCGACUGCGGUGCAGCACUGCAGUCUGGAGCAGGGAGGUGGUGGCUGGGGAGGAAGAGAUUAAGGAGGUGACUCGGCAGGAAGCAAAGAAGCAGUUGGCUGGGGAUGAAGCCAGGAAGCAAGGGGCCAUUGUAGAGGCAGAAACCAAAGAGCAGAAUGACAACGACUUCUCCUUGGAGGAGUACCUUGCUGAGACGACGAAGAUGGCUGCUGCGCAGAAGAAGGCUCAUUAUGAAAGGUCUUGCAAGAAGGCUGUCAAGGAGGCAGCCAUGAAGGACGAGGCGGCCAUGAAGGCACGGUUCGAGGAAUGGAUCACAGAGUAUGGCAAGAGAUACAAAAACAAGGAGGAGAAGGCUCGGCGCUAUGAAUUGUUCAAGGCUUUUGCAAAUAUGGUGGGCAAGGCAAUCACAGAAGGUGGGGCCGUCUUUGUCACAAACCAUACUGCAGCUUGGACCGAGGAAGAGUGCCGGUGUCUGUAUGAUAGUGAUGUUGACUGGGAUGACUACAUCGAUCACAUCCGGUCUUUAAUUGAUAAGAAGAAUGCCAGGGCCAAGAAGCCUAGCAUGGAGAGAGAGGGAGAUGAGCAACGCUGCCGACAUGGAGGUGACCCGGCCUGA